AUGACGUUUAUACUCACCUUCCCUUCCCCAGACUUGACCCAAUCUUCAACACCAAGUGACGUCGGUUUCCAGAGCGACGACCACUUACCCACCAGCCAGCCACCACCGGUCAUCUGCAGUUGGAAGCGCCUCUACACCUGCCAGAAAGACCACCAGAACCGCUGCAAGUUCUUCUUAUGGGCUAGCGACGCCGAAGCGCGCGAGAAGCUAACCCUGCUCUCGAACUCCCGAACCGAGACCGACUCCUCAUCUAUGCAACAGCCACAGCCGCAGACGCCGUCGACAUCGAGAACCAUCUCCACACAGAAUCCCACAACGGGAUUACUUACCCCUCAGACGGGCCGCCGCGACAGCGAUGCGCGAAAGAGAGCAGCGCCAGGGCAGACGCCGCUCACGGCAGGAAAAGCGCGAAUGAUGUCUGAGGAUGCAGACGAGUUUGACUGGGACGAUACGAUGAGUACGGAGAUGAACCAGAUCUUCGAUAAUAGUGUGCCGCCGCGACAGCCGGAUUUCGGGCUCCCUGCGCGCAAGGCGGCGAGGACGGGGACUGUCACGAGUCCUGGAAAGAGGAAGCGGGAGGUUGAUGAUGAGGGUGAAGAUAGCAGAAGUCAGACGCUUACGCCUGGCUCUGCGUUGGGGUCUUCGAAGAAAGGGAGCGAUGUGUUCGUGACGCCGACGCAGGGCCGGUAUCGAGAUACGAUUGCAGAGUCACCGCUUGCGGCAACUGGGGACUUAGCGGCAGAGGUCGGACGAAUACUCGAGGGGCAUGGGGUUAUCGUUCCAAAGGCUGCGCAGGAGGAAUUAAAGGGAUUAUUUGGGAGGCAUGAGAAUAAGAUGAAGGGGGUUAUUCGGGGAAGGGAUAUCUCGCGGGCUGCGCUAAAGAAGAAGGAUGGGCAGAUGGCAAGGUUGAAUGAGAGGAUCGCGGGGUUGGAAGCACAGUGGGAGCUUAAUCGGAGUAUCAAUGGAGCUGUUAAGAAAGAGUGA